AUGAUUGGAAGCACCCAUAGUAGGGACAUCACCCCAGGGCGAAGUACAAAACCAUCCUCUACNUAUGUUCCUUUAAACAUUUAUGAGACUAACUCUCUGAUUCUUUGCUUUUCCGAUUCAGGGGAUGCACUGUUUGCGUUGAGGAUCUCGUUACGUGCAUUGCCAAAUCAGCUAAGUGACUGGAACCAGAAUCAAGUUAAUCCUUGCACUUGGUCCCAAGUGAUCUGUGAUGACAAAAACUUGGUUACUUCUCUUACGUUGUCAGACAUGAAUUUCUCUGGAACCUUGUCUUCAAGAUUAGGAGUACUAGAAAAUCUCAAGACUCUUACUUUAAAGGGAAAUGGAAUUACGGGUGAAAUACCAGAAGACUUUGGAAAUCUGACUAGCUUGACCAGUUUGGAUUUGGAGGACAAUGAGCUAACUGGUCGUAUACCGUCCUCUAUUGGUAAUCUCAAGAAACUUCAGUUCUUGACCUUGAGUAGAAACAAACUUAAUGGGACUAUUCCGGAGUCACUCACGGGUCUUCCAAACCUGUUAAAUCUGCUGCUUGAUUCCAAUAGUCUCACUGGCCAGAUUCCUCAACGUCUUUUUGAGAUCCCAAAAUACAAUUUCACGUCAAACAACUUGAAUUGUGGUGGUCGUCAACCUCACCCUUGUGUAUCUGAGGUUGCCCAUUCAGGUGGUUCAAGCAAGCCAAAAACUGGCAUUAUUGCUGGAGUUGUUGCCGGAGUUACAGUUAUUCUCUUUGGAAUCUUGUUGUUUCUGUUCUGCAAGGAUAGGCAUAAAGGAUAUAGACGUGAUGUGUUUGUGGAUGUUGCAGGUGAAGUGGACAGGAGAAUUGCAUUUGGGCAGUUAAAAAGAUUUGCAUGGAGAGAGCUCCAAUUGGCAACAGAUAACUUCAGCGAAAAGAAUGUGCUCGGACAAGGAGGGUUUGGGAAAGUUUACAAAGGAGUGCUUCCGGAUAACACCAAAGUUGCUGUGAAGAGGUUAACGGAUUUUGAAAGUCCUGGUGGAGAUGCUGCAUUCCAGAGAGAAGUGGAGAUGAUAAGUGUAGCUGUUCAUAGGAAUCUACUGCGUCUUAUCGGUUUCUGCACCACUCAAACAGAACGUCUUUUGGUUUAUCCCUUCAUGCAGAAUCUAAGUCUUGCACAUCGUCUCAGAGAGCUUAAAGCUGGCGACCCGGUUUUAGACUGGGAGACGAGGAAACGGAUUGCCUUAGGAGCAGCGCGUGGUUUUGAGUAUCUUCACGAGCAUUGCAAUCCGAAGAUCAUACAUCGUGAUGUGAAAGCAGCAAACGUGUUACUAGAUGAAGAUUUUGAAGCAGUGGUUGGUGAUUUUGGUUUAGCCAAGUUAGUAGAUGUUAGAAGGACUAAUGUGACAACUCAAGUUCGAGGAACGAUGGGUCACAUUGCACCAGAAUAUCUAUCCACAGGGAAGUCAUCAGAGAGAACUGAUGUUUUCGGGUAUGGAAUUAUGCUUCUUGAGCUCGUUACAGGACAACGCGCAAUUGACUUUUCGCGUUUGGAGGAAGAAGAUGAUGUCUUGUUACUUGACCACGUGAAGAAACUGGAAAGAGAGAAGAGAUUGGGAGCAAUUGUAGAUAAGAAUUUGGAUGGAGAGUAUAUAAAAGAAGAAGUAGAGAUGAUGAUACAAGUGGCUUUGCUUUGUACACAAGGUUCACCUGAAGACCGACCAGUGAUGUCGGAAGUUGUAAGGAUGUUAGAAGGAGAAGGGCUUGCAGAGAGAUGGGAAGAGUGGCAAAACGUGGAAUUUCUAACAAGUUAA